GUGGGAGGAAGCGGAGCGGAGCGCAGACAGACGCCCAGCGAACAUGGCUGCACCAUGAGCCGCCUCCCAGAGGCUCGCCGCCGCCACCACCACCGCCGCCGCCGCCUCCUCCCGCCGCCGCCUCAGCGCUAGCGCCAGCCCGAGGCUUGAGCCCAGGCCGAGCGGCGGGGCGGGGCGGCGGGGAGCGCCGCGGCCGAGGGGGGGAGGCGGAGGCAGAGGCGGAGGAGGGACCCCCCCUCUCUCUCCUUGCCUCCCUCCCUCCCUCCCUCCCUCCCUCCACGGUCUCCUCCCCGAUUGCCCCCCCCCCCGUCGACCGACGCCGCCGCCGCACGGGGAGGCGCUGUGGGGACCCAGACUGAGCGCGCAGACGGGCCGACGGACCGAGGCCGGCCCCAGGCGCCCGCUCCCCGGCGCCCGCUCCCCAUGGAUAGGAACUACCCCAGCGCCGGCUUCGGGGAUCCGCUGGGCGCCGGCCCGGGAUGGAGCUACGAGCGCUCGGCCAAGGCCAGCCUGGUGUACGGUGGAUCCCGGAGCUCACACCCAGACACGGAUAUCUUGCACCGCCAAGCGUACGCCACCCCCCAUCCUCUGCAGGGCUACGCCACAAACCACCACCCGGCAGGUCUCUCUGGCCUGUUCGAGACAGGGCUCCAUCAUGCCAGCAGUGCCACCCCGGACGCUUCUGUCAUGAAUCUCAUCUCAGCGCUGGAGUCUCGGGCACCUCAGCCGGGCCCUUCUGCCUCCUCCCUGCUCUCCCAGUUCCGCACCCCAUCCUGGCAAACAGCCAUGCACACUCCGGCGCCCGCCGAGCUCUUCAUCUCGGGGGCCCUCCCAGGCUCCGGCACCUUCCCCUCCUCAUCGGCACUCUCCGCUUACCAGCACCCAGCCUCCUUCAGCGGGCGCAGUUUCCCAGUCACUUCUUCGCUCAGCCUGCAGGAUGCCACCUUCAGCCCCACCUCCAACGGCCUCUUGUCCCCACAUGACCCCCUGCUGCACAUCAAGUCCUCCCAGUCCAGCGUCCCCUCCUCCCUCAGCUUUGACCGGCUGGGCAGUGCAGUGCUGGGCACGGGCUUGCCCUCCCAGAGCUCAGCGUACCGCAGCGCUCAGGAGUCGGCUUCCCGCCACCUGCCCUCCCAGUUCAACCUCCUGUCGUCCUCGCUGGGGCCCUCUGACCAGACAUCCCAGCUAUAUAACACCUCCGUCUUCUCCAGCUCGCCCGCCUCCUCCAUCGACAGGGCCAUCCCGCGUCAGGACAGUGUCAUCAAGCAUUACCAGAGGCCCUCCAGCGCCCAGCCCCAGCUGCCCGCCGCCCAUUCCCUCCAGCACUACCUGAGCUGUGGGGGCAGCUACCAGCAGAUGCCCCACCGUUCCAGUCUUUCGUGCAGCCCCUUGGGCGAGCAGUCACCCGCCAGCAGCGAAGGCUCGCAGCAGCAGAAGACCUCCCAGGCCACGCGGCAAGAGGCCUCCCAAAGCUACCGCCCCAUCAUCCAGUCCCCCGGCUACUCUGGCACGGCCUCCUCUUCCAAGUCCAAGAGCUACUCAGCCUCCCGCCAGCCGCCACGCUCCACCGCCACGCCCAAGUGCCAAAGCAACUACAGCUCGUCCACUCCUAAGCCCAGCUCCGUCAUCGCGAGCCAGUCGCAGGCCUAUUCGCCCGGGCAGCCCCAGAGUCUGCUCUCCAUGAGCCAAACGCAGAGCUACUCGGUCAGCCAGCCGCAGAACCUGUCUUCGGUCAGCCAGGCCUCUCAAGGCUUCAGCAGCAGCCAGGCCCAAGACCUCACAAGCGUGAGCAAGGCGCAGAGCUACUCAACGACAGGGCAGGGCCAGCAGGGCCAGGCCGGGCAGGGCGGGCAAGGGCUGCAGACCUGUCAGAAUCAGACUUACUCGCCUGAGCAGCUCCAGGGCCUGUCAUACAGCGUCCAGGCCGAGCCUCAUAGCCAGACGCCAAGCUACGUGCCUGCUCACUCGCAGGGGAUGCCCACGGCCAGCCCAUCGCUGAGCUACAGCACCGGCCAUUCGCCAGCCAUGCCAGGGCACAGCCAGUCCAUCGGCUACUCACACAGUCAGAGCCUCCCAGACUCGAGCCCUUCACAGAUCAUCCGGCCCCUCCAGUCGCCCACCACGAACCGGCCCCAGAGCGUGGCGUCGCCCGGGCAGUCUCAGAAGUACCUCACCUCCGUGCUGUCUCCUUCGUUCAUGCAGUCGGCCCACACCCAGAGCUACCAGAGUUCCCAGGGAGGGCUGGAGAGGGCAGCAUCUUAUGGCAAAUCCAAGACCGACUCGGACCUGCUGUCCUCGGAGCGGACAGAGGACGAGGAGUUCCUGAUCCAGCACUUGCUGCAGUCACAGAGCCCGCCCCGCGUGCCCCCCGAGGGCAUGGUGGAGUGCGAGGAGAGGGCCGGGAAGGGGAUGGGCUAUGAGCUGAGCAAGACGGAGGAACGCUACCACCUGCAGAGCGUCAUCCGGACCAACUCUAACCUGGACAACCAAGGCCUCGAGAUGUCCCUGCAGGGUCUCAAGGACAAGAAGAAAGGGGAGCGGCAGAAGGAGUAUUCGCACACGCGCUCAACGCCAGAGUCCCUGGCCACUUCCGUGGUCCACUACAGCCACCAAACUGGCUCCAUGGACUCCUACGGGCAGGAGAUCAAGAAGUCGGUUGAGCAGCACCUCCAGGGAGGACACAUGGACGCGGGGGGCAAGGAGAUAUCGCAAGCACACUCGUACCUGCAGAAGACCCCGGAGCACGCCCCCCAGCAGCACUCCAUGGAGCCUCACGGGAUGAUGCCCGGGCAGCAGGGGGGUGCUUUAAUGUUGGACUCCCCUCCCGACCUGCCCCCGCUCUCCCUCUCACAACAGCAGCAGCAACAACAACAAUCCCAGCUGCUCCAGUCUGUGCUCACUCACACACAGAGCCAGCUGCACUCGCGCGGGAAGGUGCGCACCCCGCUGGACGUCCACCUGAUGGAGCCGCAGCGCAUGCACCAGGCCGAGGCGCCUUCUCCACAGCUCCAGAUGCAGGCGCUGGAAGCCCACCUGCACCAGGCGCAUGUGCGCUCGCAGAGCAUGGAGGCGCAGCUGCUGGAGUCGCAGCAGUCACCACAGCUCCAGGGCCAGCUGCAGCAGGAGAGGAUGCAGUCGGAGGGCAUGGAGGUGAUGCCCCAAGGCAACCUUUCCCAGUCUCAGGAGAUCCAGGAUUUCCUGGAGCCCGAGCUGAGUCUGGAGUCCCACCUGGGGCAGAGUGGCUCAGUCCAGAGCCAGCAGCACCUCCUCCCCGACGGCGGCCUGGACCCCGACUCCUCCCAGCAGGUCCCUCAGGGCCAGCUGGAGGGCAAGGACCAGUUCGAAAGCGCCAGCCCGCAGGGGGCCAAGCAGCGCUUUGUCCCCCUCACCUCCAUCUGCUUCCCGGACUCUUUGCUACAAGACGAGGACCGCAGCUUCUUCCCGGGCAUGGAGGACAUGUUCGGGCCUCCUCCUUGUGCCGGAGAUGAGUUCCCCAAGCCGGACGACGGGACCCAAGGAAUGGAGAGGGGAGAGGGCAUGAAAGGCGGAGGCUACGACAUGAUGCAAGGGGGGCAAGGCUACCAGAGCUACUGCCAGUCAGAGAGUGGAGAUGGGCAGCACUUAGGCCUGGACUCUGUCUCUGUGAAGCAUGAGCUGCCUUCAACGGUCAACACAGAGCAGCUGGGCUUGAUCCAGUCGGGACAGCAUGGGACAGCCCCCGUAUCGGAGUCCAAGUCUGGCCUGACGUCGCCCAUCUUCUGCUCGUCGAAGCCCAAGAAGCUGCUGAAGACCUCGUCCUUCCACCUGCUCAAGAAGCGGGAGCCCCCCUUCCAGCCGCCCAAGAAGAACUACGCCCAGGAGUACGAGUUCGAAGACGACGAGGACAAGGAGGACGUCCCGGCCGACAUCCGCCUCAACAGCCGCCGCCUGCCGGACCUGCUGCCGGACCUCAUCUCCAGCUGCCGGACCAACCGCACCAGCCUCAGCCCCAUGGGCGACAUAGACUUCUGCCCGCCCAACAGCGGCCUCCUGGAAGGGCCCAAGCGCCGUGGCCGCAAGCCGACCAAGCCCAAGCGGGAGGGCCCACCCCGCCCCCGCGGGAGGCCCCGCAUCCGGCCCCUGACUGAACCGCCCCAUGGCGUGGCUCACGAUGGCACCAAGAAGCCCCGUGGCCGGGGGAGAGGGAGGGGCAAGAAAGCCGGGGAGGAGGGGGUUGAGCCAGGAGCAGGCUUGGAGUCCCUCAAACCACUCAAGAUCAAACUUCCAGUCCCCAAAGGUUUGGAGGGGUCUCAGUUGGAGGCUUCCACCCCAUCUCAUCAGCCCGCUCAAGAGAGCAGUCUGGAUAGCAGCCAGACCCGUGAGAAGAUCAAACAGAAGAUCAAAGAAGUGGAAGAGAAGCAGCCCGAGAUGAAGUCGGGGUUCAUGGCCUCCUUCCUGGACUUCCUUAAGUCGGGCAAGCGUCAGACGCUGCCUUCCUCUGCCUCCUCCACCUCCUCGGCCGCCACAGUCGGGGCCCCCGGCACGGCGGUUACCAUGGUUGCGCCUUCAGGCAGCCCCUCCAAGACACCACGCCCCCCAUCAGCCACAUCCUCAUCCUCGUCGUCCCAGCCGCCGCCGCCUCCCUUCAGCAUGGCUCCCCCGAUGCUGCCUGGCAGCUUGGACGGGCCCGAAGGGGACCCUGCCGGCCUCGUGAUGAGCUGCACCAGCCCCUGCAAGCGGCUGGAUGAGGAGCUGAAGCGCAACCUGGAGACGCUGCCCUCCUUCUCGUCCGACGAGGAGGACUCCGUCAGCAAGAACCAGGACCUCCAGAAGAGCAUCUCCUCAGCCAUCUCGGCGCUCUACGACCCCACCGACCGCAAGGAGGGAGAACCCAAUGAUGUGCCACCCGUGGAGGAGAAAAUCCCCAGCCCAACUCCCUCAGUGGAGGCAGAUGUCCAGCCAGAGCUACCCCCGCCGCCCCUCUCCCCAGCUCCCUCGCCCAAGGAGGCUCCACCUGUCCCCGAGGAGCCACCUGUUCAGGAGUCUCCUGAGCCCGAGGACCCUGAGGACACACGGCCUCUUCACCUUGCCAAGAAGCAGGAGACAGCGGCCAUUUGUGGCGAGACGGACGAAGAAGAGGCAGAGAGCGGUGGGGAGGGGAUCUUCCGAGAGCGCGAUGAGUUUGUCAUCCGCGUGGAGGACGUUCAGGCCCUCAAGCUUGCUCUUCAGACUGGGCGGGAGCCGCCGCCAAUCUGGCGGGUUCAGAAGGCUUUGCUCCAGAAGUUCACCCCUGAAAUAAAGGAUGGGCAGCGACAGUUUUGUGCGACCAGCAAUUAUCUGGGCUAUUUUGGCGAUGCCAAGAACCGGUACCAGCGCCUCUACGUUAAGUUCUUGGAGAACAUCAACAAGAAGGAUUACGUCCGCGUCUGCUCCAAGAAGCCUUGGCACCGGCCCCUGCAAGCCGUCAGGAGACAGAGCCAGCCCAAGGCGUCUGGCCCCAAGGCCCCGGUGCUGCCCAAAGUUGAGAAGCCUGAGAAGCCGGAAGUCCCGGAGAAGGCCGAGAAGCCUGAGAAGCCCGAGAAGCCCCCCAAGGCCGAGAAGCCCCCCAAGGCCGAAAAAGCGGACAAAGCCGAGAAGCCCCCCAAGGCUGAGAAAGCGCCGAAGAUGGAAAAGCCCCCCAAGGUCGAGAAGUCUGAAAAGCCCCCCAAGGCGGAAAAAGUGGCCAAAGUAGAAAAGCCCCCCAAGGCGGAGAAAACUGACCCCCCUGCUCCCGUCCCCGCAAAAGCUUCCCCAGCCGGCGGAGCGUCUAAACCCAAGCCUAAGCCAGCCAAGGUGAAAGCUGAGCCACCUCCCAAGAAGAGGAAAAAAUGGCUUGCUGAGGCAGCGUCCUCCUCCGACUCAGAUUCCAGCCCUGACCAGCAGAGCGAGGAGGAGCGUGUGCCAACGGGCCGUAUUCUGAACACGCGAGCCAUGAAGGAGAUGUACCGCAGCUACGUGGAAAUGCUGGUCAGCACUGCCCUCGACCCAGACAUGAUCCAAGCUCUUGAGGAUACAAACGAUGAACUUUAUCUCCCACCCAUGCGAAAGAUUGACGGGAUAUUGAACGAUCACAAGAAAAAGGUGCUGAAGAGAGUAUCUCUUAAUCCGUCGCUACAGGAGGCUCUCCACACGUUCCCCCAACUCCACGCUGAGCCGUGCGACACCACAGUUAAGUUGCGCCCAGGGGGCGAACCUUACAACCGCAAGACACUCAACAAACUCAAGAAGAAUGUAUCCAAACAGCAGGAAUUCAGUGUGGAGGUGGAGAAGUCCUUUUUCUACACUCUGUACCAUUCCCUUCACCACUACAAGUACCACACAUUUCUGCGUUGUAAGGAUGAGACAACGGCGAUCGAGGGUCAGGAUGAGGACCUGGGCCAAGAGGAGGUGGUGCAGCAGUGCAUGCGCAACCAGCCGUGGCUGGAGAAACUGUUUGACUCCUUCAGCGAGUUGCUGACUCAGGCACAGAGCAAAUGUGCGUGACGCAGCCGCCGGAGCCACGCCCCAGGAGGGGCCACCUAACGCCCGCCCCUCUGCAGAGCCAGAGCAGGAAGUGGGGAGAGGAAGGUCGAGGGGUACCAUCACACAGGCAACGAGUUCAGACUCAGCUUACCAUCACCACCACCACCCCUCCCCUUUUCAGGUUUUCAUUUCUUUUUUUUAAAAAAAUCAGGACCUGGGAUGCGGCUCUUUGUUUUUAUUUUUGGUGGUGGGGGUGUGCAGGAGGUUUGUGAUGGCAGAGAGCACACGUCGAGGAGGGUUCUCAUCAAAACGAGCGGAUGGCUGGACAGCCCCUUUCCCUUUUGCCCUGGCUGUACAGAGAAAUAUUAUUUAUAUAUAAAUGUAUAAAUGUUCUAAUUGGAGCAGCCUCGCCCCCCCUGCUCUGGUGGGGACUGAGAGUAGGAGGACCCCCAUAGGAAGGUCAGAGGAGUGUCGGUGCCGGGAUCUGGAGCUUGUGGGGAUGGGAUCCAGGAGUCAUAGGUUUCAUCGGGGUGAUGGGGGUGGGAAUUGGGGGGGGGGCGUGUGUUUGGCGGGCAGCGUGAAUAAAGACAUACAAGAGGGUCCGGGGUGCCAUCCUGCAUCUUGUCCAUCGGGAACUUCUGCUUCUCCCUAGGGAAAGCCGAGUGAGUGUGUGGCAGGGGGUAUAUUUGGCCACCCUUAACACAGUGCCCAGAUCCUUUUUUAUCCACAGUCUGACCAGGCAAUGAGACCCAUCACUUCCUCUCCCUGCCCGCAGACAACUCUCGUCCCAUCUCUGCCAAAUAAACUGUUGCUUUUGAGUUGAGGCUGGGGGGAAGAGGCACUCCACUCAUACACUAACAGCAAUUGCCUCUGUUAUUGCUUCCAACAGGAAUAUUUAUUGCCAAGUUGCCUCUUCCCAACCAAACGGUUGCAAAGAGCCAACCCCCCCCCAACCCACUCCUGCAGGCUGUUUCUGGAGCUACUUCCUUCUUCACUCAGUCUUUUUUUUGGGGGGGAGACUGCUGGUGGACCUAGCCACGAGCCACUCUCCCCGCAUCUUUUCUUUUUGCCGCCGAGUUUGGGGUUCUAGCUCUUUGGGAGCAUCUCUCCACCCAUAACCCUUCUGAAUAGGUAACCAUAAAUGGGGCGGGGCAUCAUAGCAACCUGUCUGUAUCAAGACUCCCUAAAUCUCUCUCCUUCCCAUCCCUACCACUUUCCCCCAUUUUUUAAAAAAAAGACUGUUCAGACUUUCUCAACUGGCCCUCACAUGGAUCAUGGAAAGGGGUGCACUAGGCUGUAGUUAUGUCCCUCUGUGCUUUUCUUAGAACUGAGCUCCUUUAAGGAAAGGAUAAUUCCCUUCCACCCCUUUCCUCGUGGUGUUUGACAAGGCAGGAUUCUGCUCCCCAUCCCUCCCCUCAGCUGUAUAUACUGUAUAGGAUAAAAAGUCUAUGUAUCAUAUUGUAUUUGACUAACUUGAACUUAACGAUACGCAGGAGUUUCUCUCUCUCUUUCUCUCUCUCUCUCCUCACCUGUAGCUGUGAUGUUAUUUGGUUUGGACUGAAACUUUCAUUAGGAGGUCGUUAUUAUUAUUAUUUUUAAUCACCAUUAUUGUUGUUGUUGUUAUUGAGGGGGAAGGGAGAUUCUGUGUCCCCCACCCCUGCAGCCUCCUAAGCAAAGAUCCCUCUCUAACCCUGAGCUGAAAUGCUAAAAUAAACUCUCUUUAGAUAGACAAUUAGGUCCUUGCCCCGUUUCACACACUUUCCGCUCGCAGCCCAGCCCAGUCAUUCAGCCAGCGUCUCUCGCCCAAACACACCCAUAGUCUAGCCAGUUUCCACCUCAGCAUGUUUUCUCCUUUUCUCCUCUGGGUCUUCCUAGUGACCUCCCAGAUCCAUCUCACACCUCCACGUAGAUUCCCCCGCUAGAUCAGAUCCCUGCCCCCCCCCAACCAAUGUCUACCUCAUUCCCACUCCUCGAGACUACUUCUUCCAUCCUACAUAUGCCCUCUGAUUUCUCUGUACUAGCCCCCAGCCUCCCCAUGGUUUAGUUUUUGCUUCUUCUUUGCUUCUCUCUUAUCAUCAAAAGGUUGCAGGUUUGAUCCCCAUAUGGGGCAGCUGCAUAUUCCAGCAUUGUGGGGGAUGCUGAAAGCACCCACCCACCCACCGAUCUGAUUUUUUCUUUUUUAUCAUAGUUCCCACACACUUCCCAUGGAGGAAGUGCAAAAAGGUACUCUAGGGUGGAGGAGAAAACAGAUCCCACCUCAGAAGAGGGGUUGGUCCCAUUGCCCCAGCAGCGCUUCUUCAGUUAAGUUUCUGGACAGCACAGAAAUGUGUUGGGGGGCCCGUCUGGGUGUGUUAGAUCAGGGUCCCUUAUAUAUACACAACUCUCCACAUCCCCCUGGAUCCUGGACCCUUUCCCCUUAAUUAUUUAUUGUGGAUGAGUAGAGGUUGGCAAGUGUGAUUGUGAGAGUGCAUGGAGGGGGGUGGAACUUGGUGUACAUGAGCCCCACACAAAAUGGGAGUGUUUUUAAAGGGGGAAGAGGGUUGACUGGCUUCCUUUUGGAUAUUUUAAAAGCUUGCAAUUUAGUUUUUAACAGCUUUUCCCCUUGCAAACCCGGUUUACUGAUAGCUGUUGGGCCUUAGAGGCGAAGGACUGUAGCUUGAACCUGUGUGGGGAGGUGGGGUUAGUAAGUUUGGGAAACGAAGGGAUGGGGACAUACACAUGGUUUGUUUUCGAGGGACGUUAAGAGCUUCAAUACCUCCUGGAACGGCAGACUUGCACCAUCAAUUUCAUGCAAAAUUUUGCUAAGGCGUUUACAGCCUGGAUGGAGGGGCCAUGCAGCCCAAACCCUGUACACCAGAAUUGGAAGGGCCCAGCUCAGAGUUGUUUAAGAAUGUGUGUGCACACACACAACAAACACACCCCACAGCUUCCUGUGAUGAAAAGACUUCUCCUCCUCCCCCACCCGCCCCAAAUUUGGAUCUUGGAAGGCCCCCUUUUUUACGAUGUGUAUUUCUGUGUAUCUUGUUCGCGCCUCAAGGGUAUUGUUCUGAGAUAAUGGGAUUUGUGUUCUGUAUUAUUGGAUGUUCCUAUAUAUUUUUAUUGUUUAUUAUUAGUGUCUGAGACGUUUUUUUCUCUCAAUAUGUAAAACUCACAUUGUAUACUGUGUACACAAACAAAAUGACAAAAAACACUUUUCUUUGCAAAAAUCAAAUGCCUGCUGUACAGCUUUAUUCCUUGUUUUUGGGGUGGCAGGGGGGAGUAAAUCUGUUCAAGCUGGUUCAUUUACAGUGAGCAGUUUAGACCAGGCAUCCCCAAACUUCGGCCCUCCAGAUGUUUUGGACUACAGUUCCCAUCUUCCCCAACCACUGGUCCUGUUAGCUAGGGAUCAUGGGAGUUGUAGGCCAAAACAUCUGGAGGGCCGCAGUUUGGGGAUGCCUCUCCUAGAGGUUUCUCCCCCACCAAGGUCCCCCAUUUUGGUUCGGUGUCUGCCUAAUGAACGCACAACCUCUGGCUUAAAUAAAGCAAUCUAAGUCCAUUUAGGCCAGGGUUUCCCAAACUCAGGUCUCCAGCUGGUUUUGGACUACAACUCUCAUCAUCCCUAGCUAGCAGGACCAGUGGUCAGGGAUGAUGGGAACUGUAGUCCAGAAACAGUUGGAGACCCAAAUUUGGGGAACUGGUUUACACUUUGGAAACCCUGUUCCUUGCUCCAGAUAGGUUUUUCCACCCCAAAUCUUCAAAAGUCUAGUAAUUGUGUCCCUGCUUUAACCCUGUAUUCAGUUUUCUUAACUUCUGAAAGAUCGCAACAAAGGAGAGCCUCACCAAUACCCGCCCAGAGUUUGAUUUUAUUUGCAGUGCAAAAACCUUUCUUUUCGUCAGGAAUUAGAAUACGGAACCAGUAUCUCACCAGUACCUGCCCAGAAUUUAAUUUUAUUUGCAGUGCAAAUACCUUUCUUCAGGAAUUAGAAUACAGUGGUACCUCGGUUUAAGUACACAAUUUGUUCCGGAAGUCUGUACUUAACCUGAAGCGAACUUUCCCAUUGAAAGUAAUGGAAAGUGGAUUAAUCUGUUCCAGGCGGGUCCGCAGAGUACUUAAAUUUCUUAAAAGUACUCAAGCUGAGGCGUACUUAAACCGAGGUAUGACUGUACGGAAGUUGAGACUCAAAACCCCGUUGCCUGAGGACAUGGGUCAGUCUUUCCAUUAAGUUUUAAGUUACAGGUGUUUUAGGGCCCACCCAUGAAUUUGUCCAGUCCUCUCUUAAAGCCACCCAAAUGCCAUGCCAUAGUUCAGUGAUGUGCCCUGUGAAGGACUUCCUUUUGUCUAUCCUCCAUCCCUCAGGUGUAGGUUGAUCAUGGAUAGAUCACCUUGAGCACCUAUGCUGGUCACUAAAGUCCUGUUGACCUGAGCGCUCAUCGUACCUCAGUUAGCCAUUUUUGCCACGGUUGGUGUGAGCUGGAUCCCACGUGUUUGGAGGGCCGAUUCCCCAUUCCUGCUCCACGGGCUACAUCCCGAGACUCCCGAGGCAGCCUGCUCACCCUUUAAAUGUGGAUGGACCAUAUCCAAGGGGCCACACUGAAUGCAGCUCCGUGAAUGUCUACUCGGAAGAAAGUUCCACUGAGUUCAAGGAGAACUCGCUUCUCAGGUAAGUAUCAGAUUUUACCCUGAAUGUCUCCAUAGCGUACUCAGUACUUUCUGCUUCCUGACCCGCCCAAUUUUGUGCCGCCGCCACAAACAGCAACACACACUGAUUUGGGAAGGACUCCCCUUUUAUUCAAAACCACUUCUAGGUAUGUGAGAAUUUCACAGCUUCCUACCCUAACAUUUCACGGCCCUUCGGCCCCACCGUUUGCAAAAAAAUAAAAUAAAACCCUCUGUACCAUGUGUGUGUGUAUGUAGAUUACAUAUAAUUGCCAACAGAGAAGACUUCCUACAGCUGACAAUGCAGACUCUAUUCAAGGAUGGCUUAUGCCACAAUUAAUCUGUUCAUAUUUAAAGUGCCACAAGAUGAUGGUGCAUGAAUAGGUGGUAACUCUUUGGUGCUUAACAAGCUGGAAUUAUCUGCAGCACGGUGGCAGGGGAACUGGCAGAAGUGACCUUCACACGCAUCCCUUAAUUCAGGCAUCCCCAAACUGUGGCCCUCCAGAUGUUUUGGCCUACAACUCCCAUGAUCCCUAGCUAAAAGGACCAGUGGUCAGGGAUGAUGGGAAUUGUAGUCCAAAACAUCUGGAGGGCAGAAGUUUGGGGAUGCCUUCCUUAAUUGCUUGCAGGGGGAGAUGCCUUGCAUUUGGGCAGGAUAUAAUUUAAUUAAUGACCAUUUGCUCUUUAGGUUGCAGGUAGAGGAUCUAAAAUGGGUAGAUAGGCCAUGGGUUCAUUCAACCCCAUCCCAGACAGGUUUUUUUUGGGGGGGAGGCAGCCUCCCCACAAAACUUACUUUUUAAGAAAAAGAUUGCUUCUUUGGGUCCCCUACUGUAACGUGAUGCUGCUAACCUAUUUUUGUUUUGGACUACAACUCCCAUCAGCAUGUGUUCUGGCUGGGACUCCUGGGAGUUGUAGUCCAAAGCAGCUGGAG